AUGAAGCCUAGCGACCCGAAAUUUCGACACCCAUAUGACCCCUACGACAUCCAAUUAGGGUUUAUGAGUAGUCUCUAUGAUUGUAUCCAGAAUGGCCAAGUCGGCAUAUUUGAGUCCCCGACGGGCACAGGGAAAUCUCUCAGCUUGAUCUGUGGCUCCCUGACGUGGCUGCGGGACCACAAGCGACGUACGCUUGAGGGCGAGAUCGAGGGUGAUGCUACUGACCCAGACGACUGGCUCGCGCAAGCCGAGAAGCAGAACCGUCGCAAAACGCUCCUACGUGAGCGAGAGGAGCUCGAAGCUAAGCUUGCGAAGGUUAGAUGGGAAGAGGCAAGGCGCAAAGACCUCCAGGCCAAUGGUAGACCACCGAAGCGCCCCCGACGUAACAAGGAAGGGCCAGAUGCUGAAGAUGAGGAGCACUUCAUGCUCGAAGAUUACGAAUCCGACACAGAUAAUCACAAAGGCACUCCCAUCGACGACGGGCUGUCAGCGUCGACGCGAGUCCUACUGGAAAAGCUGCGUGGCCCAAAGCUGGUGGAGGAGGAAGUAGCGCAAGCGGAUGAGCUGAAGGUGAUCUUCUCUUCACGCACUCACUCGCAGCUGACACAGUUCGUGCACGAGCUUCGCCGGGUCAAGCCACCGCCAGGUAUGCCAAUUGAGGAAACAGAGGUGCAGGAUGUGCAGCAGAGUGAAGCCGUGAAACAUCUAGCACUCGGCUCCAGGAAGAACCUUUGCAUUAACGAGAAGGUAAGUCGCCUAGCAUCUACUACCGCAGUCAACGAGCGGUGUCUCGAUCUGCAAAAACCUGGCAUAGCAAAGGACAAGAAGUGCCCGUAUCUACCAACUAAGGACGACCGGGAAGUACUGGAUGCGUUUCGGACUCGAUCAAUUGCACAGGUGCGCGACAUCGAAGACAUAGCAAAAUUGGGUCGUGAGAUGGAAAUCUGUCCGUACUAUGCUUCUCGGCCAGCCAUCGCUCCAAGCGAGGUUCUGACUCUACCCUACCCUCUGCUGCUACAAAAGUCAGCCCGGGAGGCUCUCGGCGUCUCCGUCAAGGACAACGUCGUAGUGAUUGACGAAGCACACAAUCUUAUGGACGCCAUUGCUGAUACCUUCUCCAUAACACUUCGACUGACGCAAAUCCAAAUCGCUACACAGCAGGUGACAGGUUACGUUCAGCGCUUCAAGAACAAGCUGAAAGGCAAGAACAGAGUAUAUGUCACACAAGUGAUCAGGCUGCUAAACUCGAUAACUGACUGCCUGGGAAGAAUUGGGGAGAACCUGCAAAGGCAAGACGUCAUUGUCACUGCCAGCCAGCUCAUGUCGGGAAAGGGGGUUGACCAGAUUAAGCCCCACAAGUUGUUGCAGUACUUACAAGAGAGUAAGCUUGCGUACAAGGUCGAGGGCUACACUGAGCUUAAGGACAAGGAUAACAAGGGCGGCCAGCACAAGGGUCUUCUGAUGCACUUCCAAAGCUUUUUGGCUGCUCUCAUGAACCCUGACGCUGAAGGCCGCUUCUUCGCUAGUCGGCAAGAUGGAAACGUGGUUGUUCGAUAUACAUUGCUCGAUCCGAAGGAGCACUUUCGAGAGAUUGUUCAGGAGGCCAGGGCAGUCAUUCUCGCAGGUGGGACAAUGUCGCCAAUGUCAGAUUACGCCGACCACCUGUUCUCGUAUUUGCCUCCGGAAACCCUCAAAACCUUUACCUUCGGUCACGUCAUACCCGAGGAGAACAUGUUCGCGCGAUCGGUCGCACAUGGUCCCUCUGGUCUCGAAUUUGAUUUCACAUUCGAGAAGAGAGGGCUGGAGACAAUGAUUUUAGAGCUUGGGAAACUGCUGCUUCGAGUGGUCAGCUCCGUUCCUGGCGGUGUCGUAGUCUUCUUCCCAAGCUACGAAUACCUUGCUCGGGUGGUGAAGAUCUGGAAGAUGCCAGUCAACACGGAGCCCCUGUUGCAGGCUCUCGGGAAAAAGAAGCAGGUCUUUGAAGAAGCCAAAGGCGUGUCAGUCGACGACCUGCUCAGGGACUAUGCCCAAGCUAUCGACAACGGCACGGGCGGCCUCCUCCUUUCCGUGGUUGGCGGCAAGCUCUCCGAAGGCAUCAACUUUUCAGAUAGCCUUGGGAGAGCUGUCGUCUGUGUUGGCCUGCCGUUUCCCAAUGCCAACAGCGGCGAAUGGAAGGCCAAAAUUGACCACAUCGAGUCGGCGAAGAUGUCACAAUGCAAAGAGCAAGGUUACCCAGAAAAUGAAGCGAGGCUCAGAGCCAAGGCGGCGGGCAGAGAUUUCUAUGAGAACGCUUGUAUGAGAGCUGUCAAUCAAAGUAUUGGCAGGGCCAUCAGGCAUCGCAACGACUAUGCUGCGAUUCUUUUGGUGGACAGACGUUUCGCAACGGAGCGGAUUAGAAGCAAGCUCCCUGGGUGGAUAAGGGAAAGCAUGAUCGUCAAUCAAAGGCCCGGCUGGGAGGCGACCGAAGUUGGUCUACAUGCCUUCUUCCGUAAUAAAUGA